AGUAAACUCAGUGAUCUGGCGACACGCAAAACACACACACAAGUGAAAGCAAAGUUUCUACACAUUUUGUACGGAUUAACAUUUUCAAUUGACGUAACACACAAUGGCCACCUAUGAGCAAGUUAAAGAUGUGCCAAAUCAUCCAGAGAUCUAUUUGAUUGAUGUGCGCAACCAGGACGAACUGAAAGCCACUGGCACCAUUCCAGCUAGUCUCAACAUUCCCUUGCCCGAUCUGGAUGCGGCUUUAAAGUCGAGCGCUGAGGACUUCAAGCAAAAAUAUGGUCGUGAAAAGCCUGGAAAUAAUGCUGACAUCAUUUUCACUUGUCGCUCGGGAAAGCGUGCCAAAGAGGCUGAAGCAAUUGCCAAGAAUGCGGGCUUUACCAACAUACGCGUCUACAGUGGCUCUUGGCUGGAAUGGGCCGAAAAGGAAGGUCUGCCCAAGUAAGAUCGAAGGCUAUCAAAAUGCCGCCUGCACAUGCUCAUCUUUGGCUCAUAGUUUAUAAAACUAUAAUCUUUAUUUAAAUCUUAAAAUGUAUGCUUUUUAGAUAUACGCACAUUACUUUAGUCAAAUUUAUGGUUUCGGAUUAAAUUGGUUAAAUUCUA